AUGAACUAAAAGUAGAAAUAAACCCUUUUAAAUUAUUUUUGCUAAUGUAACAACGAAAAAAUAAAUGUCAUCUCUUAAAUAAGGGAUUUUAGAAAAAAUGAUAUGGUGAAUGUUGUUGCAAGAGCCAAUUUAGCUUAAUAGUUAAUCUUAUUUUAAUAAAACAUAGAUGAAGCAUAUGAAUUAUUAUUAGAUUUAAUUGGACUUGAAUCAUAAAAUGUGAAAUGUGUUAUGCAUACAGCAGCUAUAAAUUUUUAAGUUUUUGAAAUUUUGGGUAUUCAAAAGCAAUGUCAACUUUUAAUUGAUAUAGCAAAUAAUUAUUAAAUACCAGAUUGCUCAGUUCAUCUAUUGUUUUCUUAACCAUUUUAAGAAUAAAUGAAAGAAACAGCUAAAAUUAAGAAUUAAAGAAUUAGAUAUUUAUGUCGAUGUCAUCUUGCAUUUAUAAUGGAAGUUCCUGAUCCAGAAAUUGGAUAGUUAAAUGAAAUUUUAAAAUUUACCCGCUUUUUUAUUAUGGAUUCAAAAAUAGUUAUUAAUGAUGAUGCAAUAUACUUUUUAAGAGCAGAAUUCAAUCGACUUUAAAAAUCAGAACAUCAUGAAUUUGGUUUCUCUCAAUUUAAUAAGAGAAACACUCUUAAUUUAAUUAAAAAAAAAGAAUUUGCACAUAUUGAUAAAAAAAUAAUAAAUCACUUUAAUGUUGAGAUAACAGUAUAUAAAUUAAUUGCCUCUAAUUUUUAACUAAGUUUUAUUUGUUCAAUUUAAAUAAUUAGAUUUAAUAUGUAAUUACUGAGUUUAUUAUAUAAAUAUAAAAGUGAUUAUGAUCUCUCUUUUUAACAUAAUGAUAUGGAGAAUGAUCCUUAAUAGAUUUUACCUUAUUUACUUUAAAUUCUAACAUUAUUAAUUCAAUUAAAUCAAGAUAAAAUUAUAAUUAAAGUUUUAUCCUUAAUUAAUAAUUUAAAAUUUAGUAAAAUAGAGGAUAUGUAAAAAGUUAAUGAAUCAGCUAAUUUAUUAUUGAAACAAUAGCCAAAUUAAUAAAUAAUAGAUUCUUUAUUACCUAUAUUUAAAAAAUAUUUGCCUGAAAUAUAUCAUAAAUUUGCUAUUUUUAGUAAUUAAUAAAUUGAUCUUUCAACUGUUUCAAAAGAAAAAACAAUAAAUAAUUUAAUUACUUCAAUAUUUAUUAAAUAGGAUAAAGAUUAUCUUGCUGCCAAUUUUGAUAAGUUAUAUGAAUUGAUGUGUAAUGGUAAUUAACUUAUACAAAUUUAGUUGACUCAAAUAAUCCCAGAAGAGACAUUUGUGAAUUCCUUGAAUUAGUGUACUUAUUGUAAUAUAGAUAUGACUAAAAGUUUCUUCAAACAAAGUUGACUGAAUUCUUUUCUUAUUCUUAAGAAGAUUUAAAUAGUACACUAUUGAUGAUCUAUCAAUAAUUAGAAAUAGAUGUAAAUAUCAAAUAACCUUAAAGUCUUUCAUUUGAAUAUAUAUCUAUUAUAUCUAAGCUUCUUCAUUUAAUUUUAGUUAUCUGUUAGAAUCCAAAAAAUAAAAAUCUUUAUAUGGAAUAUUUUUCUAUGUAGAUGCAAUUUAUACAUAAUUUUGAUAAGAAAUUACCUUAGGAAUCUGAUUAUAAAUAUAAUGGCAAACUUGUUAAUAACCCACUUAAUAAUGAAAUUGUAGAUUUAAAAAAAGCAAAGACACUUUUAUUAAACUUAGCUUUAAUUGAAAGAGUAUAUAAAUUACAUAAGAUUGAUAAUCGUUAAAUAUUAUUGUUGAAAUUGUCAAUUCUAUCUUAUUAUGAUAGUGUUCCAGAAUAUUUACUUUUAUAAUUAUCAAAAUCUUCCUAAAAUUAUAAGGAUUUAAAAAAAUAAUAUCCAAAUACAUUAGUAAUAAAAGAAAUCAAUUUUUACUCAAAAAUAGAGAAAUUAAAAAAGAACUUAGGUUCAGAUAUAAAAUUAAAAUCUUUAUAGGGAAUCCCUACGUUAAAUAAAUUUUUAAAGCAUGCACGAAAAUUAUUACUUUAAAAAUAAGUCAGUAUAAUAACUAAAGUAUAAAUAUUGGAAUAAUUAAUGCCUCAACUUACUAGUUCUUUAUUUGAAUUUUAAGAAAAGCCUAAAUAUUAAGAUGAAUUAUUCUAAUAAUCAGAUAUCCAUAUAUUUAAGAUAGAGCAUAAAGAAUUUAUUUCAUUUUAUUUAGGCAAUGGUGAAUUAUGUACUCCAGCUUUAUUUAUAAAUUAUAGAGCAGAGGCUAUUUAUGUUUAUUUAUAAAUAUGUUACAAGCUUUUAAAAUUUUUAAAAUACUUAGGUUUUUACAAAGCAAUAAAUACUAUUUCUAAUUAAAUAAUUUUAUUUUCCUAAAGAGCUUUAGGAAUAACAGUUUUAGUGAAUAUAUAUUCUCAAAUACCAUGGUUGAUUGAUACUUAAUAAUGGUAGUAGAUAACAGAUGGUAUUUGUAAUGUUGUUAAAUAUUUGAAUAAAAAACAAGACUAUGCAUAAGUAACAAGUGAAAAUGCAAGAUAAUCAUUAUAUCGUUAGAGAAGAAGUUAGUGGGCUAAAUUAAAAGAAUCACAUGCUAAAUUAGUAUAAUGUUUUGAUGACAAUAAUUUAUUAAAAGGAAAAUUUUAUAGAGCAUAUUUUAAUUUUACUUUAGAAUAUUUAUGUUUAUUAAAUCAUUCAAAUCCUUAUUUAUAUGAAAAGUUAUUGUUAAAAUAAACAAGAUCAUUUGAAUUAAAAACCAAUUGCAUAAUUUUAAAAUAAUUAUUUAGAUGCACAGAUGCUAAAUAAUAUUGUUUUUUAGUUGAUGAAAAUUGUAGACAUGAAUUAGUUUUAGAUUAAGUAAUUUUAGAAUAGAUAAUUCCUGUUCUUGUAUUAGGAUUAUGUGAAUAAUAAAUUAGUUAAAAUAUUUGUAAUUAUGGAUAUUAGAUGUUUAUUUUAGUAUAAAAUUAAUUAGCAUAAGCACUUCAUUAGAAUAUCGAUUAAUCAAAAUUAUAUAUGUAUUUAUAUUUAAGAUUAAAAGAAUUUUUGACAAAUUCUUAACCUUAAUUUGUUUAAUAGAUACAAUGUAAAUGUCCAUUAUAAAAAAAGUAUGAUAAAAAUAAAUUUGAAUUUGAUUUAAUUGCAACUUUAGCUUCAUUUUAAAUGAAUUAAAAGAGAAUACUUUUAUAAUAAGAAGAUAUAUCUAUAAUGAAAUGUGAAAAUUUAGGUAGAACUUCUGAAUUAGCAAGUAUAUUUGAUAUCUCAAUUAGAAGAGACAUUAUCGUAAUAAAUUUCUUUGAGUUUAAUGGUGAAAAAAUAAUAUUAAUAUCUAAAUAUUGUCAUCUUACUAAAUAAUGUCUUAAUAAAUAAGUUAAUUUAAUUAAUAAAUGUUUAUAAUUUAAAGAUGCUUUGAUGUAUUAUCUAAACUUAAUUUAAGAAAAUAUUGAUUGUUUAGAUGAAACUUCUAGUGCGCCAGGAUAAUGGUGGUCAAGAAGAGAUUAUUAUGAAUAAUAAUUACUUAAAAGAUAAUUAAGUAUAGAAUAUGCUUUAUAAGAACAUAUUGAUUUUAUUUAUAAAUCUGAUAGUCCUUUACUUAUUUUGAGUCCUUAAUUAUAAUUACUACCAUGGGAUCAUAUCAAAAAUACAGUCUUUAAUCGAGUUUUAUCUUUAGGACAUAUUUUAGAUUUAACUAAUCUACCAACAGAUCCAAAAUAAGAUUUGUUUUAUGUUCUGAAUCCAGGAAAUGAUUUACAAAAAUCAGAAAAGAAAAUUCUUCCUUUAUUAAAAUAAUAUAAUUUAAAAGGCAUUGUAAGAGAAAAACCUAAUAAAGAAUUAAUAGUAGAAUGUUUAUAAAAAAAAGAUUAUUAUUUUUAUAUAGGACAUGGAGGAGGAGAAUAGUAUAUUAAUGAAAAAUAAGUAUUUUAAACUUAAAUGUAUUUAAGUGGUAGACCAUAUUUAUUAGGUUGUAGUAGUGCUUAAAUGAUUGAUUUAGGAAAAUUUAAAGGAACUAAUCUAUCUUUUUAAGAAAUUUAUCUAGACCAUGUAGAUUGGCAUGGAUUGGCAGUUUCAUAUCUACUUAGAGGUUGUCCAUCUCUAUUUGGAUCACUUUGGCCUAUUACUGAUAAAGAUGCUGAUCAAUAUGCUUUAGAUUUCAUUACUGAAUAUGGCAAAAAUUAAGAUCUGAAACCAGAAUUAAUUAUUAUGUAAACUAAGCCUAAAUGUAAUUUGAAAGUCUUAAAUGGAGCUGCAUUUGUACUUUAUGGAAUACAUGAAAUGAAAUGA